UAUACAUAUUUGUGCUUAUAUUUUUACUAUGCGUCGUGAAUAUUUUAAAUUACUUGAAUGUUUUUUGGCAGAUCCACUUGAACCUCUCAAUGUAUUCCCAACAAUGGUUGAUUUACUUAAUUCACUUCGUGAAACUGAACAACAAGAAUCUUUACGCCAAUUUGUCAGACAAAAAUUAGAACGUUUAUGUUUAUUAGAUUCUCUAAAAACGGCGGAAUUUGUUCUCUCCAAUUUUCCAGAACUUUUAAUUGAAUGUAGAUCAACACCUAAAAAACUUCCUUUAUCUUUUCUAAGUAAUUGUUUUCGAAUAAGGCGAGAACAAAAUUUUAAAACAUUAACUGGGGGAGAAGAAGAAUUGGAUGAAUUAUUCUUUGAUUACUAUUUUGAACAAACAAUUAAACAGCAAAAAACAGAAUUGGAUCUAUUGGAUGCUAAAUUGGUUGAUGAAUUGCGUUAUUGGCUUCCCCUUGGAUCCUUUUCUGAUUUUUGUUUGAAUAUUUGUAUGAAACAACCUAAAGGUCUCCUUGUCGAAUGCAGUGCUCUAUUAUUGUUAUCCCGUGGGCACAUUUCUCGAGCAUUUGAACAUUUUUUUAAUGAAGGAAUAUUAAAUAAAUGUUCACAAAGUUGUGUUAAUUUCCUUUUGGAGUUAACAGCUACAUAUCCGACAGAAGCACAAGAUGGUGAUUGGUUGAACAAAUUAUUUAAGCAACUUUUGAACACACUACAUAUAAAAAACGUUAAGGAUAAACAAGAAGAGGAUCCUUUCUCCAACUUGCUCGGAUCAGAUUCUCCAUUACAACGUGUUUUUAACGCAAUAAUAGAGUUCGAUGAUGGCCGAAUGAAUUAUAAUUCAAAACAACAAAUUCCAAUAAUUUCAUUAAUUGAAGAAUUAUUUUCUCAUAAAUCUUGUCAAAAUUUAAAAUUUUCUUCAUCAUUUAAAAAUCUUUUACGACAAAUGCUUUUAGUUAUGGAAGUUCGCCUUGUUAUGAAGAAAGCAACUAAGGAUUGUGUUGGUAAUGAAUUAAUAAACAAAUGGGAGAAAUUGGCUUUAAAAAGAGGUGCAUUUGCUCAAACAAUUUUGCCAAAUAAAACUUUAACAACAGAUCAAACAGAAUUUCCAUCCUCUUCCAACAAUCAAAAUAACAAUAUUCAGUCGCAAAUGGAUCCUUUAUUAUUACGUUGUUUUUGUUGUGAUCAACGAAUUAUUAAAUCUUUUUAUUUAUUUUCUUGUGGACAUGUAAUGCAUUUGGAGUGUAUAGAUGAAUUUGAAAGAAAAUGUUUAUGUGGGAGAGAAAGAGAUAUUGAUAAUGAGAGAGAAGAUAUUAACAAAAAUUAUUACGAAAACGGCGAAUCUUCUGAUUCCUCUUCCGAUAGCACACCCCCACUUGAAAGGCUAAGAAGAAGGAAAGUGAAAGAGGCAGCUGCUCUAGCAUCUUCAAUACCUACAAUUACAAAUGAAGAAAGGUGA